AUGGACCAGUUUAUGCCGCCUGAUGCCGCGGCGGCUGCUAUCAAGAUUCCCAGGAGGGCGUAUCAAGCUUGUGUCCGGUGCCGCCAGCGCAAGGCCCGAUGCUUGAUCCCAGACCCGCCACCCGGAGCCGAUCCCGUGUGCAUGAGGUGCAAGCGGGAGCGAAAAGAGUGUAUUUUCACAGCGGAGCGGUCCCAGAAGCAGUCGGCACGACAUGGAAGUCAAGCAGAGGGCGAAGAGAACCGGACGUCCAAUGUGUACGCGACAUCGCGUAAUGGAACGACUGGUGCCGGCACAUCGCAAUGGGGCCAACGAUCACAGACCCUACUAGGCGACGAUGGCUCCAGCAGCCAUUUGUCGGGCUCAGCAGCGACGGAACAGAGCAUACAUCCACAGCAGAACGACUCACCCUUGAGCGACUUAACAGAUCGUGUUACUAGAACAGUAGUGUCCAACCAAUCCGAAGCUCUAAAUCUCUUAUUUGAAGCAGCUGAAGUUUACCACACCAGCGACUCUGCAGCUCGGCCUACCACAAAUGAUGAGGAGUCAUUGCAUGUCAAUACAGACAACAAUUCAGUACGAACACCCGGGUUCAAUUCUUCGCGGCUUUCCAAAGAGGUUAUCCAGGCAUUCUCCAGGUUAAAGUUCGUCAAAAAACGAUGGUUGACUGCUCAGGAGGCGGCAACGUUUGUCAUUCUAUUUUUCAGGAACAUGUGUCCUUUCACACCUGUCAUCAGUGACUGGUACGGGAACCCUGAUAACUUUCUCAAUUUAAUUGAUACGGAGCCUGUCCUAUGCACUGUAAUUCUCACCCUAUCAAGCCGUUAUCAUUUAUUGCAUGGCGACGGCUGGCUAUCUCGCAGCUAUUUUUUACAUAAUCGACUCUGGCGAUAUUGUCAGUCGCUCUUACAGCGUGUAAUAUGGGGGCAGGAGAAAGGCAUUGUAAGUUCGGCGCGAAGUCUUGGGACCGUGGAAGGCUUCCUCCUAAUGGCUGAGUGGCAUGCUCGAUCGCUGCACUUGCCUCCGGAUAUUGAGGCAUGGGAUUCGGAGGAUGAUACUCCCAAGGACGGUCCAUCUUCGACUACUUACCGAUGGUUGGAAGGUGUAGUAGAGCCAAUGAAAAGAUCGGAUCGGAUGUCUUGGUCUCUCAUUCAAUCUGCAGCUAGUGUUGGUCAUGAGCUGGGGCUGUAUGACGAGGAGGGAGACAAUGAUAGCAUCUCUGAAUCAACUACAGCUCAUGAAUUUAACAGGCAAAGACGACAGCGAUUAAGAGUAGUAUUGUACUUGUACAUGAACCAAUUGGCCUUCAGAAUCGGCUUUUCCGCGCUCAUUCCUCACACGCUACUUAGUUUGUCGCAAAAUGCGCUCAAACAAUCACCGACUUCCCAGCUUAGUGACCAUUGGAUCGAGUCUAUGUCCUUGUGGGUAGAUCUCAGUCGGCUGACACGUGCGUCUCAUGAUCUACUCUUCGCAUCAAAAGCCUCAACGCGAGAGCUUGUUAAAAGCGGGGGAUAUCGUCGAAUCUUGGAUCAUUUUAAGCCGAUACUGGAAGAUUGGUGGACGAAAUACACAGCAGCCACAGCGGCUGGGCCAUUUCGUGAAUUCCUAGCCGUUGACUUUCUUUACACAAAGAUAUAUCUCUAUUCUCUCGCUUUACAAGCAGCGGCGGAACGCAAAAUGAGCCAACAGGCAAAUGAAGUGCCUAACAGUGUGAUGUCGUCAAUCUUUGACUUCUACUAUGAGGACUAUAUUUUUAUACAAAGUGUGAUUGUAGCAGCAAAAGAUGUUCUCCGAAUCAUUCUUGGGUUUGCUGAAAUUGGGCGACUGAGGUAUCUGCCUGUUCGCACAUACGUAAGAGCGAUCUCGUCGUGCAUCUUCUUGCUCAAGGCGCUCGCACUUGGAGUCCCUACGGACGAACUCAACGCAUCUCUCGAACUGAUCGAUCAUAGCGCCCGAGUGCUCCGUCUUCACAUUGUUGAUGAUCUGCACCUUGCUGGGAUUUUUGCAUCUCUUUUAGAGACCUACACACAAAGCUUCAGAGAAAGAUUCGUUAGUAUUCUGGGAGUUUCACGGCCGACCAACACUUUUGCGUCGAAUACAGAGGGAUUCCCAGCUAGCGAACAUGCGGAAACUGCGAUGCCAGCAGUCGAUGCCACCGCCGGAGAUUAUGGUAUCAAUCAGGACUGGUUAGCUCAUCCAUUUGACGCAUCCAUUGCGCCAUUUGGAGCGGACUUUACGCAAACAUUCGGUGUAUUUGAUGAUGAACUCAAUUUCAUAUGGAAUGAGAACAUGUAA